UAAUAUACAUAAAUUCGGUUAUUCUAGUGGAAAGUUUUAAUAUCGUCCGUUGCAGUGCUUUCCUUUAUAAAUGCAUAUAUAGUCGAUAAGCUGUAUAGUGGUGACGUCAAUUUGACGUUAGCGUUCUUUUCAACUUUGAGCUGCAAGUGAACAAACGUGUAAUUACAAUACAGAGAGAAGUAUUUUGAAAAUAUCAAGUUGAAUUACUAUAGUGGAUAUUAAAUUUCAGUAUGUUGAGAAGAGGUACCAGGAAGCGUACAGCAUCAGCGAGAGCUGGAGUAAGAAGGACCCCGGUGGUGUCGAAGGGAGUUUCGUCACGGGCGUCAGUACAAUCAUCUAUGACGGUUACAAGGCCUGAGGCUAUCUAUACUACUUCUGGACAUGACGGCGCUGCCAUACCAACAACUGCAACAUUAUCAACGACAAGAAUGUUGAUGCCAACAUUUUCCAGCAAUCAGGACAACUCCGUCCACAUUCCGGACAUGUUAUCAUGGCAACCAAGACCAGCAAUAGACCCCCAGCCAACUGUUGAUAACACACAGUUUGUGUCACAAACAGGUAAUGUGACCAAUAAUGAUUAUGUACAAAUUCCCAAUAGAAUUGAAAGUGUUCAUGAGAACCUAGGCAUAAAUGUAACACAGUCAAUUAAAGAAAAAAUAUUGAAAGGGGAAUUCAUAGAUUUAGCUUGUCUAUUAAAUAAUUCAGUCAACACGGGUUCUGACAAACAAAAGUUGACAUGGGCUCAAGGGGAAUUCAUUUUACAACCCAUUUCUCAACAAUCAAAAAUUACAAAUAUUGAAAAGUGGACAGAUGCUUUCAUCAUUUUUAUUUAUAUUUAUUGUGCUGUGCACGUAAACCGAUUUAAGGAAUUGUUAAAAUACAUGCACACAAUACGCCUUGGGGCUCAAAGAAACCAAGGUAUGGGUUGGAAAAAUUACGAUGAGCAAUAUAGACUAAGAAAAGCUCAUGAACCAUCCAGUUUAUGGAGUAAUAUAGACAAUGAGCUUUGGUUGUUAUAUAUGCAACCAGUGAAUACUAUCUCAAAUGUGUCCUUAAAUGUAUCUAAUAGUAAUAUUCAAGACAGUAGUGGUCAUGGGAACAAAUGCUAUAGUUAUAACUAUGAGGGAAGCUGUUGGAAAACACCUUGCUUUUAUAGCCAUUUGUGUUUAAGGUGUAAUGGUUCACAUCCAAUUAUAAACUGUCAAAGACAACUGGGAAAUGUGAGACCACAUGUUGGUAAUACACAAUAUAACACAGGCUCUCAGUUUCAGUUUCGGGCACCCGGGGCUCAGUAUAGAGCAGGGCCCCAGUUUCAAUUUCGCCCAAGGAGCGCCGAGUCAAGAGUCAGAUUUUCCCCAAGAAAUGCCACACAGUUCACACAAGCAAGAUCUAGACCAAAUAUCAGAACUAUGGCGACUUGGUAGAACCCCUAUUAAGAUUGGUGUUUUGAAAAAUAUGCUGAGGGCAUAUCCGCAUGCAGGUGUAGCAAAAGAAUUAUAUGAAGGAUUUUUAUGUGGUUUUCGUUUGAAAUAUUCAGGUCCGAGAAUUUCUUUUAUUUCCAAAAAUUUACAGUCGGCAAAUUGUCAUAAAGUUGAAACGUUGGAUAAGUUAGAUCAGGAGGUAAAAGCGGGUAGGAUGGCUGGUCCUUUUUUAGAAAAGCCGAUUUCUACUCUUAGGACUUCUCCUAUCGGUCUAGUACCAAAAGAGAAAGGUUGGAGGUUAAUAUCUCAUUUAUCAUAUCCGGAAGGUUCCGGGGUCAACGAUUUUAUUGAUCGCGAUGAAUGUUCCGUUCAAUAUGCAUCUUUUGAUGAAGUUAUACAAAUGGUCAGCUCACUCGGAAAGUCUGCAUUGAUUGGGGUACGGGACAUAAAGUCCGCUUUUCGUUUGCUGCCAGUGCACCCAUCAGAUUUUGAAUUGUUAGGGAUUUAUUUUGAUGAAAAGUUCUUUGUAAAUAAAAGUAUGGCUAUGGGAUGUUCAAUUUCAUGUAAUUUAUUCAAUAAGUUUUCGACCUUUUUACACUGGUUAGUAGUUGAACGGAGUGGAGUGAAAUCACUUGUGCAUUAUUUGGAUGAUUUUUUAUUUGGAGGCCCUGAGGAUACACCUGUAUGUCAAAUGAUGCUAGACAUUUUUUCAGAUAUUUGUGAGGAACUAGGUGUUCCGAUUGCUUCGGAAAAAUCAGUUGGACCUGUAACAUCUUUGAAAUUUUUAGGAUUGGUCAUUGACACUGUUGAAAUGGUUGUCAGAAUACCACAAGACAAAUUGUUAAAGCUAAAGUCUUUACUUGAACCGAUUUUGUUGAAUAAAAAGAUUACACACAAGGACUUAGAAUCAGUAGUGGGUUUGAUGGCUUUCUGUUCAAGGGCGAUUACUUCGUCUAGGGCUUUCCUUCGCAGGUUUUAUGAUGUCAUAGGGUCUAUAAAAAAUAAAAAGCCUUUUUAUUCAAUUAGAAUAAAUAAUGAUCUCAGAGAAGAUGCAAAAAUUUGGCUGAUUUUUCUGGAACAUUUUAACGGAGAUUGUUAUCUAUCAGAAAACACUUGGAUAACAAAUGAAACGUUGCAUUUGUACACUGACAGCUGUGGUAACUCUGAUUUAGGUUGUGGUGCAUAUUUUGAUGGUAAAUGGGCACAAUAUAAAUGGCCGGAAGCAUGGUCAAAUAUGCCAAUCAUGAGGGACAUUACUUUUUUAGAGUUAGUUCCAAUUGUUUUAGCUAUGUUUAUAUGGGCUUCAAAUUUCCAAAAUCGAAAGAUUUUAUUUCGAAUUGACAAUAUGGCAUUAGUUAGCAUUAUCAAUAAAAGAACUGCCAAGUCGAAGCGUGUGAUGGCAUUUAUUCGCCCCCUUGUUCUUUUUACAAUGCAGCACAAUAUUCAGUUUAAAGCACAACAUAUUGAUGGUUGUAAAAAUGAAA